AAACGUUGGAAAAAGGGAGUCGCAAUGGUUAGUAUGGCUGCUCUCCUAUUUCCAGCUUAACAGCUGCGUUUCGUUGAGACGACACACAAAAAGUCUUUUAUAUUCAAGAUAGGAUUUAAGGAAAAUUUGUCAUGACAAAUUCCAUAUUCUUCUGAAAUUAUACAGGAAAAAGCAGCUGCUGUGGCGGGCUCAGUUGUCUUUUGCAAGGAUCUGUGGGACUAAAGGUCAACCUCAAAGACAUGACCCUCUACAACAGAUGAAGUCAUGAGCACAUACACAAAAAGGAGAAUUGGCCCUCAAGGGCAGUACAACACCGAGGGACAAAGACAAGACAAUGUCUAUACUCAAGCACAACAUGGUGUCAUUCCUGGUAUGAGAGCAGAUGGAGUAGACCGCCCAUUUCCAAAUAAGCCUGUUAGCCACAGAAGACCCCUCAACCCCAGGACACAAGACUCACUCGAUCUGCAUGAUUUAGAAAAAAUCACUAUAACAGAACAACCAAGAGGCUCACAUCAUUUAAAUGGCAUCAGAGAGACUACUGGAUCCCAGCAGCCAAGAAAAGACUCACACAUUCUGCCCAGUGGAGAACUGCAGAUGGCCAGAGCAAUUCAUGCAAAAGAGCUCAUGCUACAGGAGAAGCUGUGGAGGGUUGAGGAGAAAAUAAGACAAAAGAUCCAGUGGGAUAGUGUUGAAGCUGCUGCAGGUAAUCAUGAGGUGAGGAGGGAGAAAGAGAGGCACGAUAGGACACACACAGAGAGGGGAAAAGCUCAGACAAAAACCAGGCUGUCUGAGCAGCAGAAGAGAGAGGCAGUGAGAGGUAGAGAAAUGCUGAUGCAGGAGAGAAGACAGGAAGAUGUUAAACAACUUAGGAGGAAGCAAGAUCAGAGGAAUGACAGAACAAGGAAUACAUAUGAAGACAAGAGGGCCAGAUGGAAAAGAGGGGAAACAGAAGGUGCAGAGUGCCCUCAGUCAAAGAGAGAAGGAAAUAAAGGAACUUACAUAACAGUAAAUAAGCAAAAAAAUAGUGGAGAGCUGAACAAAUCAAGCUGGGAGAGUGUGAAAGAGCAUACCAGAGGAAAAGAGGAUGAAAAAGAUCAUCGCAUUUGGGAAGAAGCAGGUGUGAGGCCACAGGAUGGAAUAGAGAAAGCAAAAGAAAUAGAUUGGACAAGAGAAAAGAAAUAUAGGGAAAGAACAUCUAAGGGUGUGCACUGUCCAUAUGAUGAACAGGACAUGCCUCAAAUAAGUCAACAGAAAACUGCACAAAUAAUGGCAAUGGAAAACCACAGAGGGGCAGAACGUAAAAUAUCAAGGGAAUCAUCUCUUCCACCUGUUUCUAACCCCCCUCAUUCCAGCAGACAGCACAAGGAGGAGCUGGGACUCAUGGAUAGCAUGGACGCCAGCUUCCAGCUUGUUCCUUGCAGAAUAUGUAACAGAAAGUUUGCAAGUAAAAGGUUAGAAAAGCACAUCCAAGUCUGUGAAAAGGUGAAACAAUCGCAUCGUCAAGUCUUCAAUUCCUACCUUAAUAGGACCAAAGGAUCCGCCAUUGAGGAGUUCUGGAAAACCCACAGCAGGAGCAAGACUCCAGAGGUUUUACAGAAAAAGAACCACAAACAAAACCACAAGGCAAACACAAAGAAUAUGCAGCGGGGUCGACUCCCAGCUGGAACCUCACAGCCAAAAUGGUCCAAGUGAUCUGACCCCAAAGGACCCAGAUGCUUUGGCCCUGGACGAGUUGAAUAACAAAUCCUCAGGUGUCAGCACAUCAAGUUACCCAUCACCAUCUUACUACUGUCAAUACAGUCUUUGAGGUUUGAUUUUUUCCCUUAACAGAAUUUUGUUACAAACCUCUU